CAUAACGCGAAAAGUGUGUGCGAUAUGUGUAAGUUAGCGUUCACCGAGGCCGUGUGCAAAGUCGCCGACCACUGCCAUCUGUCGGGACGGUUGAGGCAUACGCUAUGCGCGCCGUGCAACCUCAAACUCGUUACACCCAAGUUUGUACCGUGCUUCCUUCACAACCUGUCAAAAUAUGACGCGCACUUUAUCGUAACCGAACUCGGUUACGAUAAGGAGUCGAUAACGGUGAUCCCCAACACUGAGGAGAACUAUAUCUCGUUCUCUAAACGCGUCACAUCCGAUUUUAGCGUGAGGUUCUUGGAUUCGUAUCGAUUUAUGGCCUCGAGCCUUGCCGAGUUGGCCGGGAACCUCCUUACGAAGCCCGGUGACUUUGAUAAGUUCCGGGAGACAGCCAAAGAGUUCCAGCCCGCCGACAUGCCUCUAGUCACGCGAAAGGGUGUGUUUCCGUACGAGUAUUCCGACAAAUGGUCGAGACUCGAGGAGACCGUCAUGCCACCGAAACGUGAGUUCUACAGCGUGUUGAACGAGAGGCACGUUAGUGAUGAGGACUACGUGCACGCGACUGAGGUGUGGAACCAUUUCAACUGCGCUUCCCUCGGCGACUACAGCGACCUAUACCUAAAGGUGGACGUUCUACUUCUGACCGACGUGAUGGAGAACUUCCGAGACCUCUGCAUGUCCACGUACAACCUCGACCCCGUGUAUUAUUAUACGGCACCGGGGUUUACGUUCGACGCUAUGCUAAGGUAUACGGGCGUUUCACUGGAAUUACUAACGGAUUACGAUAUGGUGUUAUUCGUGGAACAAGGUAUCAGAGGGGGGUUGGUUCAGGCAAGUGAGCGAUACUGUCGGGCCAACAACCCGAAAACGCCGAGGUACGAUGCCACGAAGCCUCCGUCAUGGCUCGUCUAUCAGGACUGUAACAACUUGUACGGGUACGCCAUGGGAGAAUACAUGCCCUACGGGGGAUUCAAGUGGUACGAGGGGGAUUUGAAUCGCUCCCUGGAGUUGCUGGACGGUACGACUGAAAAAUCCGACGUUGGGCGUAUCUACGAGGUCGAUAUCGCUUACCCAGACAGCCUACAUGACGCGCACAACGAUCUGCCCUUCUUACCCCGGAAUGCCAUACCACCGGGCUCGAAAGUUAAUAAAUUACUUGCCACGUUGGAACGAAAAGAGCGAUAUAUUGUGCACUAUCGAAAUUUAAAGCAAGCCAUUGCUAAUGGACUGAUAGUGGAAAAAGUUCACAGGGUGUUGGAAUUCCAACAGUCAGCUUGGCUUGCUAAAUAUAUAAAUUUAAAUACCGAGAUGAGAAAGAAGGCCGGCAAUGAAUUCGAACGUGAUUUUUUCAAACUACUCAAUAACGCGGUGUUCGGGAAAACUAUGGAAUGCGUUCGAAAUCGUAUUUCCAUGGAAUUGGUUUCGUGUCCACGUCGAAUGCGGAAACUAAUCAACAGGCCCACGUUCAAACACGUAACCUCGUACAAUGAGAAUCUGGCAGCCGUAUCAUUGCAAAAGAGCGACGUACAUUUCUCCAAACCUAUUUAUAUAGGAUUCGCCGUCCUGGAAAUAAGCAAGGAGUUAAUGUACGACUAUCAUUACAAUGUGAUGCGGCGGCAUUAUAACGACUCGAUUAGACUGAUGUAUAUGGAUACAGAUUCCCUGGUGUAUCGAGUGAACACGGACGAUUUCUACAAGGACCUGGUGGACAACCCCACGCUCCUCGAACGGAUGGACACCUCGAAUCUCCCCGUCACACAUGCCUGCUACGUCGGUACGCGUAAGAAAAUACCGGGGUUGUUCAAGGAUGAAACGGCCGGGCGUACUAUGUACGAGUUCAUUGCACUCCGCGCGAAAUCUUACGCGUACAAAAUCGAUGGGGAUGAGAAACUCGUGGCCAAGGGUAUUCGUGGGCAUGUGGUUCGCAAUCACAUGACGUUCGAAGACCACAAGCGCUGUCUGUUCGAGGACGCACCGUACACACCGUAUAGAGAAAAUGCGUCAAUCCGAUCGUUCAAACACUGUGUUAAAACGAUUAAGACCAUGAAAAUGACUCUUAAUCGUUUCGACGAUAAACGUGUUGUUUGCGAUGAUCGAGUACGAACGCGCGCGUACGGUCAUUACGCGCUACGCGAGUGA